GGAGCAGUUAUUGGUUUGCCUCGUGCAUCCUUCCGUAUUCGAGAGAAAUAGGAUUGCCUACGAAGCUAAAAGGCCCCACGAUCGUCAACCUCCAACCGUCUCCAUCGAGAUUUGCUCGUCACACCUGGCCUUUUAAGUUUAUUUUAGAACGGGCAAGACAGGCAGGGUCGAGGCCGAUCCCCAUCUCCGGCCGGCCUGGUGGUGGCGUCGAUAGUUGCCCGUCCAGCGUCCACACCCUCAAAAGAGGGAAGAAAAAAUCUGCCCGCCCCAUCCUUCAGAUCUUGAAGUUAAUAAAUAAGUAUACAUCUCGAAUCCUGGAUUCAUGCACUUGUGAUUGAUGGGCGAUUUUGGGUGGUAUCUUCUAUACCCCUAAUCCCUAAUCUACCGGCAGCGGGUGACGUACCGAUCACGAUCACCUUGUCACAUUUGGAAGCGCCAACUAUUCUUAGCGCAAAUCCCCCGCCACUGGACGCAUUCGAAGCGCAUAUCACGGAUUGCGGCCUUUUCUCCAUGUCAUGCUCUAUGACACACCUCUACACUUCUUCCUCUGAAAACCACCCUCUUCAACCAACUUCAUGUUCGACAGCCAUGUCCUGUCUCUCGUCGCCUCCCGGUGACCACCGGUCAAUCACGUCCAGACCCAAACUGACGUUACAAACCACCUCUCUCCCGCGCACGUUUGGCAGUUCGACCACCGGCCUCUCUCUCUCCUUCGCCGCUGGUCCAACCGCAUCGCCGACCGUCCGCAACACCUUUAAGAAUGCUUAUGAUGUCGCCUCCCCCGCCUCCGCGACAAGUUCGCCCUCCUCCACGGCCCCUCCUAGCUUCCGAUUCAACGGCAACAAGCCGAUCUCUCCAUACGUCUACCACGCGAACAACAAUCCAAAUACCUUCAGCUAUCGCCCCUACCAACUCCCCAUAGGCGUGCACAGUAUCCUACGCAAUUCCCCCCUCGAAUCAGCCUCGCGGCGCCGCUCCGGCUCCAUUUCCGCAGGCACCAGCGGACCCGGUGGCGCAGGCGCACGCCGGGUUUUCUUCCCCGCCAAGAAGCAAGUGAGCUACCGGAAUCCACUCGAGGAGGAGAUCCGCACCGAACGCUACACGGCGCAGCAUCUGGACCUAUUUCAAGACGACGAGUCGACCGAGGCUGUGCAGGACGAGGCACACCCGGGGCCGGAAGAACCAACGCCCGCAUCCGCCGAGGACGACGACGAUGAUUCAGCUAGUCUCCUGUCACAUUCGAGCAGUGCUUCCAGCGAUGAUGUGAGCCCUAAUGAUAGCACAAACACGCCGCUAUCCAAGACCGAACGCAAAAAGCGGCGCACCAUGCGCGCAGAGCGACAAGUUCGAGCUGUUGCACUCCUCGACGGCUUCGAUACGGAUCCCUACGCCUCGUCUACACCCCAGACUCCCCGCCAGGGCCGAGUCAAGCGCCGUCGCGACUGGAAGUGGACGCUAGGCCCCGUCAGUACCGUUUCUGAUGAUGUGCAGGCUGAAUUACCGGUGCAAAUACCUGCACCUCAGCCGGUUGAUCCGCCACCUGAAAAGCCACCCAGCAAAUGACUAUAUGGCUGGCAAACACUUUCAUUUUGCAUAUUUUCGAUCCUUGUUUGCAUAAUGGCGAUGCAUAUAUACUAUCUUGUUUGACGAAUCAUGUUCUCCAUCACAAAUAGAGGCGCCGGUGGCUUUUUUUCUCUUGUGAGUUAGCCCGUUUAUAGGGCACAUAAUUCUACUAUAUAUCACCUUCUAUUAAAGACACGCUUGAACCUCGGUUCACUCUUCUUUUCUUGAAUAUAUUUUUAUCUUUACUUUUUCUCAUGUUCCCCCUAGUUGGCUCCUACCUCCAAGUCCCUCAUUCAUAAUAUUAUUUCAC